GGGCACACCUCGUUCCACUUACAACCCAGACACCAGGGAUGGGAACAGCACAGGCAUUGGCAGCCGACUGCUGCUUGUACCGGGACCUCUCCUGAUGAGAGGCUGGGGCAGGCAGCCCUGCCACUGAGGAUAAGAAGAGACCCAGAGGAGCUAUGUGCUUGCUGCGCCAUCAGUGCAGGACAGGCAUGCUUCCCUGAGCUCUGUGGCCACAUAACUGAGCUGUCGUCACCUAGCAACAUCCAGGUCAGCAUUCGGGACCUGGCCCCGCCCACGUGACGUCGCAGGGUGAGCAAUACUCCGGGCAGGAGGCACUGAGUAGUUUAGUCCGGUGCCCGGGAGCAGCAGCGCAGAGCUCUGUACUAUAGCCGGAUCCUACACUAUGGCACAGAUUGUCACCCUCAAUGGCCCCUCUCCCUGGGGGUUUAGACUGGUGGGGGGCAAGGACUUCAGCACCCCUCUGACUAUAUCCCGGAUUAAUCCCGGAAGCAAGGCUGCUUUGGCUAACCUAUGCCCAGGGGAUGUUAUUCUGGAAAUAAAUGGGGAGAAAACAGAAAACAUGACUCAUCUACAGGCUCAGAACAAGAUUAAGGCUUGCUCAAGCAAUCUGACACUUUCCCUAAACAGGGACCUUGUUCUGGAUCCAGUGCACAUCACGCCAGCGACACCCUGGAUGAGAUAUGAAGGGAGGGCUUGGUCACCUACAGAAGAGAUCAGACAACAACCUUGCAAAUAUAGCCUGGAAUCAGAGUUGCAGGAUAUUUUCCCAUUGGAAAGUGCUAACAACAUACGAUCUGCACCAGUUUCCCCUCGAGGCAGUCCAAGCGAUGUCCGACCAAUGGUCAACUCCCAGUACAUCAAUCCAUCCAGACUCUACACAAACAACAACAAUAAUGCUAUAGAAUCACAGCUGUCUUCACACAUGGGCAGGAUCAAUAUCUCUUCUCCCCAAAGUGUUGACCCACAGAGAGGUGCCUCAAGAAGCCGAAAUGGAAUACACGUUGAAUCAGAUGUGUACAAAAUGCUCCAAGAUUAUGAAGAACCAGUGUCACAGCCAAAGCAGUCGGGAUCAUUCAAAUAUUUGCAAGACAUGCUAGAAGCUGGAGAGAAUGGUGAAAAGCUAGAAAGACCAGCCAGCUCCAGGAAUGUCAAGUCUCCUGUGUCUAAGCUGAGCAGUCCACUGACUGGCUUACAGAUGCUCCCAGAGUGUACCAGAUGUGGGAACGGGAUUGUCGGUAUUAUAGUCAAGGCUCGAGACAAGCUCUAUCAUCCAGAAUGCUUCAUGUGUGAUGAUUGUGGCCUGAACUUGAAACAGAGAGGCUAUUUCUUUAUUGAAGAGCACCUGUACUGCGAAACUCAUGCCAAGGAGAGAGUCAAGCCUCCAGAGGGAUAUGAUGUUGUGGCUGUUUAUCCCAAUGCCAAAGUUGAACUCGUCUAACCAUUGAAACAAUCUUGCUGAAGAAGUCUACAGUCUUCACAGAGCAAUACUCCCAGAUCCCUUCCAACAAGAAAUAAUGGUUUCAUAUUCCCUUGACAAGACAUCUCCAUGCUAACAUUGUAUCCAAGAAAACAAUGCAGAACCACAAUGAAAAGAUUCAGAAUAUACAUUUACUUCCUGAAUGAAUUAAUUAAUUAAUUAAUACGCAGUCUACAUGUGUGCAGUCUACAGUUUUUCUUCUUUUAGCACCAACAGAGUUCGCUGUAAAUACUAAAUAAAAUUGUUCUUAGUUUUUAAAAUUGUUUUUAGUAUUUUCAAGCAGUGUAUUUUUUGUAUCUGAUAAUCCCCAAAAGUCAUAUGUUAACAGGUUACUACGUUUAGUCUAUGUAUACCUGUUUAUAUAUAUAGCUUUCCCUUCGGGACAUCCUGUUGCAGUGUGUGCAGAUCUUCUCCAUGCCAUAUUCUGUAUCAUGGCACUUUGGGGCUCUUCACUUCAUGCUAAAGCCCUUUAUUCAGCAUUUUGCAGGGGGACUAUAUCUCCUAUGCGCCAAAAAAGUGACGUUUAAAAGUCACAUCUGCAACUUUUUAACUGCCACUUUUUAACAAAUUGUUACACCUGCCACUUUUCGUCAUCCUCAACACUUUUCUGAAAGUGGGAGUGGCGAGCUGCCCUGACAAGUUUAUCUUCAUUUAGUAGUAUUGUAGUCUACCAUGCUAUUGUGUCCCGCAAAGACGCGCAGAAAUAGAAGCAAGUAGAAGUCCAAAGUUUAAUCCCUUCACGCAUUUGGACCUAACUGUACGUCCAAACUGCAAGUGACAGUGCAUUUGGACAUACAGUCAAGUCCAAACUGCUUACCGGAAAUUUGGCAAAAGAAAAUUACAUAGUUGACGCAGAGUUGGGUUUUAAUCUAUAAAGGGCAUAAAUCACCUAACAAUCCAAUUUGUGCUUUAAAACAUCCAGUGUGUGUAUAUACGAUCAG